AUACUCUCAUAUAUAUACAUACAUACAGUAUACUCCUAUAUAGAUGCAAGCCGCUCUUCACCUCGGAUUGCGUCUCAAUUCGUUCGUCCUUCCAUGUCGAUCGAUUCUUGAUCUUGAUUGAAAAGGGAAAAAAAAAUAAAAUAAAGAGAGAGCAGGGGAGGGAGAGGCAAAGCAGAGCCCGUAGCGUCCUUGUCGUCACAGAUAGAUACUGGCAAUGGCGUCGGCGAGUGGGGCUCUCGCCGCGCUGCUCCUGCUGGUCUGCGCCGCGGCCGCCGGCGGCGGCGGCACGCCGGACGGGUCGGAGGAGUGGGGCUACGUGGAAGUCCGACCCAAGGCGCACAUGUUCUGGUGGCUGUACCAUAGCCCGCAGCGCGUGGACAACGGCACGACGCCAUGGCCGACCGUGCUCUGGCUGCAGGGAGGGCCGGGCGCGUCCGGCGUCGGGUACGGCAACUUCAUGGAGAUCGGGCCGCUGGACGAGGACCUCAAGCCUCGCGCCACCACCUGGCUCGCCAAGGCCGACCUCCUCUUCGUGGACAACCCGGUGGGCACGGGGUUCAGCUACGUGGAAGGCGGCAACAGGCAGAGCCUGAUGGCGCGCACGGACGGCGAGGCGGCGCGCGACCUCGUGACGCUGCUCUGCGCGCUGUACCGCGGCAGCCCCAGGCUCCGCGCCAGCCCGCUCUACAUCGUCGCCGAGUCCUACGGCGGCAAGUUCGCGGUCACCACGGCGCUGGCCGCGCUCAGCGCCGUCGACCAGGGCCGCCUCCGCGCCACCCUCGCCGGCGUCGCCCUCGGGGAUAGCUGGAUCUCGCCGCUCGACUUCGUGUUGUCGUGGGGGCCGUUGCUGUACCAGGUGUCCCGGGUGGACGAGAAGGGGCUGCAGCAGUGCAACAGCGUGGCGGCCAAGAUCAAGGAGCAGCUGGAGAAGAAGCAGUUCACGGACGCCGAGGCAUCGUGGUCCGACCUGGAGAACGUCGUCAGCGCCAACUCCAACUCCGUCAACUUCUACAACUUCCUCAAGGACGAGUUGUCGGGGGACUCGAGCACCACCACCGGGGCGGCGGCGGUCUCGACGAUGGCGUCCUUCAGGCGCCGGAACGGCUACUCGGGCUACCUCAAGUCCAUGGCGGCGGCCUCGUCGUCGUCGUCGUCGGGCGGAUUUGACGGGCUCAUGAACACCGUCAUCAAGAAGAAGCUCGGCAUCAUCCCAAAGGAUCUCAAUUGGGGCGACCAGUCAGACGACGUGUUCGUAGCUCUGGAGGGAGACUUCAUGAAGCCCAGGAUAGAGGAGGUCGACCAGCUCCUCAAGCUCGGCAUCAAUGUCACCAUCUACAACGGACAGCUGGACCUCAUCUGCGCGACCAAAGGUACGAUGGACUGGGUUCACAAGCUCAAGUGGGACGGCCUCAACAGCUUCCUGAGCGCUCCCAGAACGCCCAUCUACUGCGACAAUGAAGGGCAGUCUGGCACCCGCACCCAGGCCUUUGUCAAAUCCUACAAGAACCUCAACUUCUACUGGAUACUCGAAGCUGGACACAUGGUACCCAUCGACAACCCUUGCCCUGCGCUCAAGAUGCUGGCUGACAUUACGCGAUCUCCUGCCAAGUAGGAGUAGCAAGCAGCAAACAAGACAGCCUGACACCAAUUCUUCAAGAUUCUUCUCUCUUACAGUAGCUUUGUAGCACUUCAUUCAGUCGGUCUAUCUUUUCAUACAGUUAGAGAAAAUUAUUUAAGUUAUUGGUGGCAGCAUUCAUGUAUGGAACAAUAAACACAAAGGAAAAAGAUAGUCAUAGAAUGAGAAAGAUAUUUAAUCUGGCAGCUAUUGCUGUGUAGCAGCACAGCUGCAGAGCUUGCAGCUGAAUUUCCAACAUCAAAACCUAUUGCUUGAUA